CAAAAAGUGAAGCUGAAGCAACAAAAUCCAGACAGUCUCGAGUGCUUCGCCCACAAGUUUCAUAAGCCCCAAGGUUGUCUUCUUUUAUACCAUUAUUUUAAAGAAUUCCCUUCAAUUUGUUCUUCCAUUCCAAAUUGACAACACCCCACCAAAACCCAGGGGAUAUGGUGGACCAAUCAACGCGUGCCGCCGAACAUCGCCAUUUAGGGCUUUUCAUUUGUCGUUUUUACUUUCCUUCUACUUUUCUAUCUCCCCAUUUCCGUUCUUCAAAGAUCAGUGGCACCCAGGAUUGAUAAUCGCUUCAAAACCCAUAAGCCAGAAGCCAUCAACAUCCGCAUUACUCUGUUUUCUGGCGUUGAUUGAACGAUCUGUUUAGAUUUUGCUGAUUAGGGUUUCUGGGUGUUGAUUUGGGGCAUGAUUUUGUGAAAAUGGUGGGGUUUUGAGGGUAUUCUGUGGAUUGUGGAUGAAGAAUUGGAGGAAAACAUGUUGGAUUUUGCUGGGACUCCAGGGACAUUGACUGGGCUUGUGUUGAGGGUUUUGCAAUGUGCUUUUGCUGCUGGGGCUGUUGCUUCCAUGGCUACCUCUGUUGGCUUCUAUAACUUCACUGCUUUUUGCUACGUGAUCGCGUCGAUGGGCCUGCAACUGACAUGGAGUUUUAUGCUGGCAUUGUUAGAUGCAUAUGCUUUGUUAAGGAAGAAGAUGCUUCACAAUCCUAUUCUAGUCAGCCUCUUUGUAGUUGGGGAUUGGGUGACAGCAACAUUGUCUCUAGCUGCAGCUUCCGCCUCGGGCGGGGUAGCUGUAUUGUUCUUCAGUGACUUAGGACGCUGCAGUUUUGGCGACGAAUGUCGAAACUUCCAAAUCUCUGUCGUUUUAGCCUUCCUAAGCUGGAUAACCAUAGCCAUUUCAGCUCUGAUUAUGCUCUGGAUAUUGGCUGCAGUUUGAACACAAACUCGUACCACGGACGAAUGUCGAAAGUUCCAAAUCUCUGUUGUUUUAGCCUCCCUAAGCUGGAUAAUCAUAGCCAUUUCAGCUCGGAUUAUGCUCUGGACAUUGGCUGCACUUGAAAUCUCUCGUAAGGGAAUCAAGAUAUAUGAUAGAACGCUGCCAAUGAGGUGUAGGAGUUCGGUUUGCAUUUUUUUAGUCGAAGGUACAAGGAUUUGAA